AUGUUGAAAUUAGGUUAAGGGACUACAAAUGAAAAAUUAGACCAGCAAUAAUUAUAAGUAAAUGCUCUUAAACCCAAUAAUUAUUAUCCAACUGAUAAUUAAAAGGUGAUUGAUAUCACAAAUAAUAACUCACCGUAGAACAACUAAAUUACUUUCAACAAUAUUUAAGAUGAAACUUAUAAGAUAAAUAAAUAUGAAAACAAUUAGAAUACUUAAACCAACGAUAAGCUAAAAAACUCUUUAAGUAAUUCAUGGUUUAACAAAAAGUUUGAAAAAUCUGUAACAGAUGCAUUUCAACAUAACAAAAAACUAAAAAAGACUAAGAAAAGUAAAAAAUAUUUAUAUAGCCUUUCUGAAAAAGUUGGAUAAAUUAGUGAAAAUAAAGUAUUCAAUGAGAGAAAAUUCUAUUCUAUGAACUAAAAUAUUUGCAAAUUUUCUUUUUAAAAUUAGCAUGACUAGAGUUAAAACUAAAAAAAAUAAAAGCAAGAAGAAAUGGUUUAAUAAGGAGGAGUAGAAAAUCAAUAAUUUGAUUUAAAAUAAAAAUAAAUUUAGCCUAAUAAAGCUUUUUAGGAAAAUUAAGGUUAAUAAAUUAAAAUAAACAUAUUGUUUAAAGAUUAAUAAGAGCUUUAUAAUUUUUAAGAUGAAGUAAAACUGAAUGAAAAAUGCAAUACACCAAAAGAUAUUAGCAAAGGGUUAUUAAAUUCUUCAGACAAAAGUAAUUUAAGCAAAGCUUAUAAAAUUUAAGAUGAAGUUACCACUAAAGACUAGAAUUCUAAAUUAAGUUAAAAUAUUAAUGUUUAGGGCCAUUAAAUAAUACUAAAUUAGAACUAGUUCAUUUAAGAAAAAAUAAAUGAAAUUUAAGGUGAAAAAGACAAUUACACUAUUGUCACUGAACACAUCAAAACUAAUGAACCGCUAUAAAAUGAAGAUGUAAUAGAAUACUCUAAUGAAAUAUAAUUCAAAUACAAGAAACCGAGAAAUAUAAUUAAAAAUCAAAUUGAGAAAGAAAAAAUAGAUUUAUCUAAAUUAAUUGAUUAAUUCUUUGAGUAAUCAUCAGAUGAAAAUGAAAUAUUGGAAUUAAAUGGAGUAUAAAUUGAAGAAAUCAAUGACCUGAGAAAUCAAAAAUCUCCUUAAAAUUCUAAUGAAAUAUGCUAAAAUUUAAAAAAUUUACAAUAAAUGAAGAAUAUUACUAAAUUUUAAGUAAAACACAAAAAUAAAGAUUUAGUUAUUUAGCUUAUUGCAGUUGAUUUAUUACUAGAAGAUAAAAAAACUUUAGAACCUGUUGUAUUUAUAAUAGUACAGGAGCUUUGGUAGGAUCUAUAUUAAAAAAAGGUAGAUGAGCUCCAAAAAGAAAAAAUGAAGAUAUUUGCAACCUUAUCGCAUGAGCUAAGGACUCCUUUGAAUUGCUCUAUUUCCAUGCUCGAAGUACUCAAAGAUGAACUCUCUUAAGAAGAAUAAAACAAAUUUUGUAUUGAAGAAUAUAUUGUCCCAGCUCUUUUUUCUAAUAAGCUGCUUCUAAACUAAAUUAAUGACAUUCUUGACUAUGUUUAAAUGGAUUGUGGUAAGUUUAAAUAUUCGUUUUUAGAUUUCAACGUAGUUAGUCUUUUAAAGGAUUGCUGCAAGCUUAUAAGCAUGCAAGCUAAAAUGAAGAAUUUACAACUUCUGAUACUUUAUGAUUAAAAAAUAAACUAAGAAAUAUGCUCAGAUUAAAAUAGAAUUCGUUAAAUUUUACUCAAUUUUCUUUCUAAUUCUCUCAAAUUCACUAAAUCUGGAUACAUAGAAUUGGGAUUCAACUAAAUAUGUUAGAAUAUAUAUUAAUUGUAUGUUAAGGAUAGUGGUAUUGGAAUUUCUAAAGAAAAUUAAAAAAAGAUAUUUGAUUUUUGUAACAAAAUUUAAUAUGAAAAUAAAGAAGAGGAAUAACUUAAUAAUCAAGGUUGUGGUUUAGGAUUACUUAUAUCUAAUUCUCUGGCAAAAGGCUUAGUAACUGAUAAAACACGUAAUGGAGGAAUAUCUGUUGAAUCAGAAUACGGAAUAGGUUCUAAAUUUAGCAUUUUAGUUGAAGAUUUAAAUUAUAAUAUGCACAAAUGUAAUGAAUAGCAAAAUAUUUAAAACUAAACUGUCAAAUUUUCAUAGAAAACAGUAGACAUUUUAAGUAUUCCUUAGAAGAAUAGGCAAGUUGAGUAAAAACAUAAUCUUUAAAAUAGCUAAAUUGAUGAAUAAAAUUUGGAGUAAACUGCAAAUUCUUCAAUUAAUCUUCAUGAUAACAACCUUAGCUAAUUAUAAAAAUAAAACAACUCCUUUUAGACUUUUUUUAAAGAUGCUAGUAUGAUAAAUUGUGAGAAAGUAAAUAAUAGCACCAUAAGUAAUCCUAAAAAUAUAGAAAUUAGCUAAACAGUUAAUAGGAAUAAAUUUUACAAGAGUAAUUCUAAUUAAAGUUCUACCUAAGCUAUUGACGAUUCUCUAAAUUAAGAUUUACAUAAUAAUUUAAGUAAAGUAUUUUAGAUUAAAAAACAUAAAAAUUUUUAGGAAGAGGAUAAUUCUAAUUUUAAAACUGUAAUUCAGAAGUCUCAAAAAAGCGUGCCUUAGAAACAUUAAAAUAGCAAUUUCAGUCCUUUUUCAAGUCCAAUUUUUUAAAAGCGAUAAUUAAAUAUAGAACAAAAUAAUCAAUAUAGAGUUGAACUGUUAAAGCAUUCAUAAAAUCAAAACACAUACUAAGACAAUUUAAGUCAAUAUAGGAAAGUAGGGAGUUAAAUGUAUGGAAUUAGUAUGCAUGAUAAUGGUUUAAAUAACUCUGAAAAUGGAAUUAACUCAGAUUUUGAAAUAAGAAAUGGUGUUUAAGAUUAAGGAAACUAUAAAAACAAAGUAAAAUUUAGCUAGAAUAAUUACUAUACAAAUAAUCAAAUUAAAUCUCUUCAGAGUUCUAAACUGCAAUUUGAUAAAGAAGAAAAUGCAUAAUGUGAAUAAGAAGGAUUUACUUCUUAUUCUAAUAACUCAAAAAUAUUAAGAGGCCAGUUUCUUUCUAAUCAGAAAUUAACAACUUCUACAAUAGGAAAGGAUUAAUUCGAAAAAACAAUCAGUUUUAAGUCACAUUCUAGUUAGAAUUAAAUUUUAGACAUUGAAAGUAAUGGAGACCAAAAUAAAUGUGAAAAAUUACUUACAGUAUAGUAAAAAUUAGAGCAUAUAUUGGAUUAUAAUUUAGAUAAAAAAUUAAGAUGUAAAUGUCCAUAAAUAAUGCUAGUUGAUGAUAAUUAAUUCAACUUAUAUGCCUUGUAGAAAAUUAUUUAGUAGUUUUAAUUUGAUUUGAUUACAUUUUCAGAUGGAGACUAAGCCAUAGAAUAUAUUAAAUCUUAAUUCUUUUCAGAAUGCUGUUGUUCACCCUAAAUGAUCUUGAUGGACAUAGAAAUGCCCAUUAAAAAUGGAUAUGAAACAGUCAAAGAAAUAAUUUAAUUUUACAAGAGUUUACAAUAUAGCAAUAUCCCUGUAAUUGUUGCGUGUACUGCAUAUGUAGGGUAGGAAGAUUUUUAAAAAUCAAUUGAAUCUGGUAUGAGUGAUUUUAUUAAUAAACCUAUAUUAAAAGCAGCUUUCUAAAAUCUAAUUUUAAAUCAUAUAAAUGCAAUUUGUAAUAAUAAUUGA